UGCGUUAGAAUGACGAAGCUGUCGAGUCAUUACUGUUUGCUAUAAUUUAUGUUACCACAUCAACGCGCAUGUUUCAAAUUGACGUGUUCACUUGCCUUUGAAACUUUUCUGUAUAUAACAGCAGACUUUUAAAGCUUCUGAUUACUUAUUUCUCAUCACACUUGCUUGGUUGAGAUUCAUAAAUUGUCUUAAAUAUUAUCAUCAAUUCAUCAUGUCUGCUGCAAGAAAAGUUGCUGUGGUCACAGGUUCAAAUAAAGGCAUUGGGUUUGCAAUUGUAAAAGAGCUUUGUGCUAAAUUUGAUGGUGAUGUUUUUGUGACAUCAAGAGAUGAAGGAAGAGGAAAAGCUGCAGUAGAAGAAUUAAAGAAACUUGGCUUUCAGCCAAACUUCCACCAACUUGAUAUUGAUGAUGAAUCAAGUGUGCUAAGAUUCAAAGACUAUCUAAAAUCUGAAUAUGGAGGCUUAGAUGUUUUGGUUAACAAUGCAGCAAUUGCAUUCAAGAAUGAUGCAACAGAACCAUUCUCUGAACAAGCUACUCUAACUAUGAGAACAAAUUUCUUCAACACCCUUAGAUUUUGCAACAUAAUCUUUCCUCUUCUUAAGCCACAUGCCAGAGUAGUUAAUGUUUCAAGUUCUGUAGGGCAUUUGCGUAAAAUUCCAGGAGACGAUGAUGUAUCAGUUGCACUACGAAAAAAACUUAGCUCGUCUGAUUUGACUGUUGAAGAACUUGUGAAAAUGAUUGAAGACUUUGUGAAGGCUGCUCAAACAGGAAAUCACCAGAAAUUAGGUUGGCCGAAUAGCGCUUACUCUACAUCGAAAAUCGGAAUAAGUGCUCUAACGCGCAUUCAACAAAAAGCUUUUGAUCACGAUUCUCGUGAAGAUAUUGUCGUGAAUUCAGUUCAUCCGGGCUACGUUGAUACUGAUAUGACAAGCCAUAAAGGGCCUCUGACAAUUGAGCAAGGUGCUGUUGCACCAAGUUGGUUGGCUCUGCUACCAUCGAACAUAAAAGAACCGAAAGGAGGUUAUGUUUGGUAUGAAAAACAGAUUGUUGAUUGGGUGAAUGGACCUGUUCCAACGGCGAUUUAAUUGUAAUCUACCAAAUAAAAGACAGCCAUAUAGUUCAUUGAUCUAUAAAGCACCACAUUAAUAUUUUGUUUGAACACAAAUUUUUCCCCAUUUUUCUAUAUCUUCAUGAUUCUAUAUAAGAACAAAAAGCCGUGUUUAAUUAGAUGUUACAAUAAACUUAAUUAAACAGAA